GUGCCGUAGACCGAAAAACUUGACCAGAAAUUGUAAAAUAAAAUCUAUUUCCUAUCACUUGCUAUUGUUCAGCGACACCUUCGUCUCGUGCAGGAAAGGUUUUCUGGAUUUAUUUAAUUUGAAUUAAAUCUAAAAAUUUCAAUGCCAGCUGCAAUACCACGAUUACUUCAAAUUGCUCUAGUUGCUGGAGCAAUAAUUUGCUUAUGGCUAGGACAAGUACAAGCAAAACGCGGUUGCAUUGCGUUCGGCCACUCGUGUUUCGGUGGACAUGGAAAACGCUCCGACCAAGAGGUCUUCUCACCCUAUGAAACUCCUGAAACAACCGCACUUGUUAAUCAGAGGUCACCCACAGGAUAUAAUACACAACUGCAACCUUCGGAUGUUGAUGAUGAAGCGAUCCGUUCAAAUUUGGAACAUAUUAUUGUAAAAUGGUUGCAGCGCUAUCGGCUGAUGCAGCUAGGCGAACCAAUGAAACCGAGCGAUGGCACUGUGGAUUAGGAGACAAUAUUUGACAAACACUCUUUAUAUUGACGUGAUACAUUCAAAACUCAAUAUCACUUCAAAUCCAUGUUAUAUUUGUAUCUAUAUUGGUCUUCUCAAGGAUGUGACAUAUAUAUAAAUAUAUGUAAAUUAAUAAU